UAUCCGAGUUCCCAGUGGUUUGAACGCAGCAUUAGCUACAACAACAUCUCACAUAUGCAGUGGUUGGUGUGCAGUGAUGGCUUUUAUAAAGAGGAAAGAACGAUCGAAAGAAAGAUUUUCUCUCCUGUUGCUGGACCUGGAAGAGUAUUACUUUGAACAGCACACAGUGUACCAUGUGACAACCAGUUCAGCCAAGAAAAGAAAGAUCAGAGGGUCACUCAAAGUAUGCUCCAAAUCCAUCAUAUUUGAACCUGAGGACCAUGUGGAGCCCAUUUUAAAGAUUCCUCUCAGAGAUUGCAAAAAGAUUGAAGCGGUUGAGGAAAAGGACCAGAAUCCUUUCAAUGAGAGCAAACCAGCUGGCCUCACCAUUUUAUGCAAACAGGUUUACCUUAUCAAAGAGAACAAUGUCGUUGCACCUUACAGAGUUGAAAGGGGAGACAGUACCUUUCUCUUCCAUCUGGAAGUUUCCAGUAAAACGGAGGAUGUUGUCCAAACAUUACUUCAGCUGCAUAGGGCAUCUUGUCUGGACAAGCUUGGAGAUCAGACUGCAAUGAUUGCUGCUAAUUUACAAUCCAGAUUGGCAAGAACUUCAUUUGACAAGAACAGCUUUCAGAAUGUUGCAGAAAUACCACACAUGGAAUGCGAGGCGGAGAUGGUCACUCCAUUGGUUACAAACCCUGGUCACGUGUGUAUAACUGACCAAAGCCUCUACUUCCAACCACUCAAUGGCUAUCCUGAACAGGUAGUCCGAAUUGAGCUCCAUCGAGUUAAACAAAUCUACAAGAGAAGGCAUGGACUCAGGCCAUUGGGGCUAGAGGUGUUCUGUACUGAAAACGACUUCUGCUCGGACAUCUAUCUGAAGUUUUACAAGACCACCGACAGAAAUGACCUCUACUACUACAUCGCCACGUUUCUGGAGAACCACAUGGUGGAACACACAGCGGAGAGUUACAUGCUGCAGUGGCAGCGGGGUCACCUCAGUAACUACCAGUACCUGCUGCACCUCAACAACCUGGCUGACCGCAGCAGCAACGAUCUGUCUCAGUACCCCGUCUUCCCCUGGAUCAUCGCUGACUACAGCAGCACAGAGCUGGAUAUGAUGAACCCUGCAACUUUCCGUGACCUGAGCAAGCCUGUGGGAGCGCUGAAUAAAGAGAGACUAGAGAGAUUGUUGUCCCGGUACAGAGACAUGCCUGAUCCUCGUUUCAUGUACGGCAGUCAUUACUCCUCUCCAGGCUAUGUGCUUUUCUACUUAGUCAGAGUUGCCCCAGAACACAUGCUGUGUCUUCAAAAUGGCCGCUAUGACAAUGCAGACCGCAUGUUCAAUAGCAUUGGAGAAACAUGGAAAAAUUGCUUAGAGGGUGCAACUGACUUCAAAGAGUUGAUCCCAGACUUCUAUGGGAAUGACGCCAGCUUUCUGCUAAACUGCCUGAGUCUGGAUUUGGGGAAGAGGCAAGGUGGAAGCUCGGUUCAAGAUGUAGUUCUUCCGCCAUGGGCUGCAGACGCCAGUGAUUUUCUUCAGAAGAACCAGAAAGCGCUGGAGAGUCAGUACGUGUCAGAACACCUGCACGAGUGGAUCGACCUAGUGUUUGGCUUCAAGCAAAAAGGAAGUGAUGCCGUGGCAGCCCACAAUGUGUUCCAUCCAUUGACAUAUGAGGGAGGCAUCGACUGUGAUAGUAUAGAGGACCCCAAUGAGAAGAUUGCCAUGUUGAUUCAGAUCCUGGAGUUUGGGCAAACCCCGACGCAACUGUUCACCACCCCACACCCACAGAGGAUAACACCCAGAUUCCAGAGCAUAUCGAGGACACCCAGUGUAAACACACCCCUCAACGAGCUCUCUCCAGCUUCCACCAGUGAGGACUCCUCCUUUGAAGACCUAACCGAAGAGAGUAGGAGACUGGCUUGGAACAACAUAGCUAAACUCAAGUUGAUGUCCAGCCACAAAAUCCAUAAAGAGGCUGUGACAGGCAUCGCAGUGACUCGGACUGCAUCAUCUGUCUUCACAACAUCACAAGACUCAACACUGAAGAUGUUCUCCAGAGAGUCUAAUGGAUUGCAGAGAAGCAUGUCCUUCUCCAACAUGGCAUUAUCAUCGUGCUUGAUGCUACCAGAGGAUAAGGCCGUAGUCUGCUCCUCGUGGGACAAUAAUGUGUAUUUCUACUCGAUACCAUUUGGCAGGCGUCAGGACACGUUGAUGGGUCAUGAUGAUGCAAUCAGUAAGAUGUGCUGGAGGGACAACCAGCUUUACACGGCAUCCUGGGACUCUACAGUCAAGGUUUGGCAAUGUGACUCUGCCGAUAUCGCAAAUAAUAAGAGAUGCCAAUUCGAGUUGCUGGCUGAGUUUGAACACGAGGCGGGGGUGAACACUAUUAACCUAAACCCAGCAGGUACUUUGCUGGUAUCAGGGACUAAGGAUGGAACCGCUACCAUUUGGGAUACCAGUAGUUCAGUACAACUCCAUCAAGUCCACUGCCACUCGGGAAAGAUCCACGAUAUGGCCUUUAGUCCUGACAGCAGACACAUCUUGAGUGUAGGAGAGGACUCGUGUCUGAAGGUAAUCGACGUCCAGACAGGCAUGAUGAUCUCGUCUGUGCAAGCUGAUGAGGAGCAGCGAUGUUUCUGCUGGGACGGGAACAUGGUCCUGUCGGGGGGUCAGUCCGGACACCUACAGGUCCUGGACCUGCUGAGCAGCAAAGUGACCACCAGGAUCCCUGGACAUUCAGGUGCAGUCACAGCGAUGUGGAUGAACGAGCAGUGUAGCACGGUGAUCACAGGCGGCGAAGACAAGCAGAUCAUCUUCUGGAAACUUGACUGUUGACCACAGUGCUCGAAAGUCCCUCUGUAUGUUUAUGUACACAGGUGAAGUCCAAGAGGGACACUCACUCUGAGACAUCUUUAUACUGUCUGGCUCCAACCAAAGAGGCUAUCACCGUCGGUCAAGGUAACUAUUUAGGCUGGCUGGCCUGCUGGCUGGCUCACCCAAAGAUGGCAACGCAAAAUCAUUGCACAUAUGACUUACAAAUAAACUGGUCCAGUUAGCAGGGACAACAAUCAUACACCUGUCUGGAGUUCUCAAACAAAAUAUAAUUAUGAACAAUAUAACCAUUCUCAAUCAUGUUAGCAUAACAUAACCAUUCUCAAUCAUGUUAGCGUAACAUAUUAACCAUUCUCAAUCAUGUUAGCGUAACAUAUUAACCAUUCUCAAUCAUGUUAGCGUAACAUACUGACAACCUCAAUCAUAUUAGCGUAACAUAUUGGCCAUCCUCAAUCAUAUUAGCGUAACAUAUUGGCCAUCCUCAAUCAUGUAAGCGUAACAUAUUGGCCAUCCUCAAUCAUGUUAGCGUAACAUAUUGGCCAUCCUCAAUCAUGUAAGCGUAACAUAUUGGCCAUCCUCAAUCAUGUAAGCGUAACAUAUUGGCCAUCCUCAAUCAUGUUAGCGUAACAUAUUGACCAUCCUCAAUCACGUUAGCGUAGCAUAUUGACCAUCCUCAAUCAUGUUAGCAUAACAUAGCAAUCGUUAAUCAUGUUAGCCAAUAUAAAUAUCAAUUUCAACCCAGUGAGGGUGGUAUGGCGAUGAUUAGAUUCUGCACAUGCCCUCUUGCAGCAUUCCCAUGCUAAUUUUGCACUUCUAUGCUUUUGCCAGACAGUGAGUCAACCCAGGUUUCUUUAGAUUUUUUUUUUUUUUUUUACAUUAUCUUACUGUAGAGCAUAUGUUGCUUUUCUGUCUGUAUUGUUUAAGCGUUCAUUCAGUUAUCAUAGUGCCUUAGUGACUGACCAUUUAAUCAUGAUGUAAUUGACCGCAUAGUGGUCGGAAUAAACCUCUGGCACAAAACAAACUGUAUAGCCAGCAGUGUUUCAGAAAUACCUGCAGUAGAGAUUAUCAUGACAUUAAAUAAAUGUACAAUGAAACACACUUUGAGUACUUGGAAAAGCUCUAUAUAAAUCCACUCCAUUAAUAGUAUUAUUAAAUACAUACAGUAACACACACAUGCUACAUAAAAAUAUAUUCAUUAGAUUUAUUUUCCCCACAAUUUUCAUUUGAGAGCAUUAAUUGCUAAUGCAUGGGAAAUGUCCAAUAGUUAUUGUAGAUUAAAACAUAGGUAUAUUAAUAUACCUAACUAUUUAACUUACAGUGAGGCAUAAUUCAAAAUAAUGUUUAUAAGCGCUUUGGCCCCACUAUAUUUGGGGAACUGCUUUACUGAGACUGAGUAGACUCAGGAACUCUCACCCAUGCAAAGAGUGCAUUUCUUUCAAGUUUGUCAACCUUAUUAUAGCAAGAUAAAUGUGAGUGUUACUGAAGCAUCUUGCUAUGGCAUAGACUGCCAAUGCACUGUGUAACUAACUAUAUACCACCCUGUACACCCAUUUUAAUAGAGAUGACCCAUCUUGUUUUAUUACUUUUGAUUUUAUUUACAUUAUGUGGAGCUUAAACCUGUAUUAACAAGGUAGUUACAUAGGCAAGUACUGUAGAAUGUAAUUGCAGUAUUGGAACAUAGUUUUAAGUACUAUGAUACGUUUGCCAUUUGUGUAAAAUUUACUCAUUUAGACUUUUUUUAUAUGCAUCGGAUUUGUGAGGGGGAAACCUCAAAUGAGAUGUGGUUUAACCUCCCCUUGUCCUAGAAAUAUUGCUUUAAAUUGCACAGUUGUCUCCACUGUGAUCGGUUUAUUUACGAGUCCUUGUAAUCCUUAAACAGGUGUAACAGUUGUAAGUAAUAUGUAACAAAAUGUACUCAUACUCUACUACCACUACUAGCACUGUAAGUAAAAGCUGCCAGCAGCAUUUGGUCUAAUGGGAAGUAGCUAAAAAUGAAGCAGUGCUCUCCUAGUGACGUAAGUGAAUGUAUUUGAGUGAGGUUGCUGAGAAAAAAUAUGCUGUAAAUCGGGAUGUCUACUCUUUUUCAUGCCUCGGGGCUAACAGUGUUACAUUGAUGCAGUAUGUCCCAGCUUUUGUGUACUGUACAGAUCCUGGUCAAUAAAAUAUUGCACAUCUGUGAAUACA